CACCAUUGUCACAAUUCGCAUGCUGAGUGAACGAGUCCCUUGAUAUAGAACCCAAAACAAGUACUCAGAAACCCUAAUCCGAAAGAGAAGUUUGAUUGUGCUCUCCAACCAUGGCGUUUUCUACUCGCCUUCUCUUCAAAUCACGCCAGCUUUAUGGUAGUCAAGCUAUUCUGCGACCUGAUGUUGUCCUUCCUGUCCGGUUUUACUCCAAAGAGGCUGCUCCCCCUAGUCUCAAGGGAGAUGAGAUGUUGAAGAAUAUCUUUUUGGAGGUUAAGAACAAAUUUGAGACAGCAUUGGGAAUAUUUAGGAAGGAGAAGAUCACCAUUGACCCCAAUGACCCAGCUGCUGUCUCUCAGUAUGCAAAUGUUAUGAAGACAGUUAGAGAAAAGGCUGGCUUGUUUUCAGAAUCUCAGCGGAUCCAAUACACCAUCCAAACACGAACUCAGGACAUUCCAGAUGUACGAACAUAUUUAUUGGCAUUGAAGGAAAUAAGGAUCAAGAGAGGACUCACUGAUGAACUUGGUGCUGAGGCUAUGAUGAUGGAUGCUUUGGAGAAAGUUGAAAAAGAAAUCAAGAAGCCUCUUAUGAGGGACGACAAGAAAUCAAUGGCUCUUCUUACGGCCGAGUUUGAUAAGAUUAAUAAGAAGCUUGGAAUCCGAAAGGAAGAUCUGCCCAAGUACGAGGAACAACUGGAGCUAAAGAUCGCCAAGGCACAAUUGGAGGAGCUGAAGAAGGAUGCUCUUGAAGCAAUGGAAACACAAUCGAAGCGGGAGGAAUUCAAGGAUGAGGCAAUGCCUGAUGUAAAGUCAUUGGACGUCAGGAACUUCAUCUGAAAAGCUCGAAAUCUGCUGUUGGUGGUUCCAGUGGUCUGUCCGAGAAUGGGGUUUUAUCAUUUUGCUACAAUAACGACGACGAUGACAAUUAUAAUAAAAGAAAA